CGAAGAGAGAAAGAUUGAGAGCCCCACCAUCCUUCCUCCUUAAAAAAAAUCCUUUUUUUAUAGGGAGAGAAAGGCCAAAAGGAGUGAAUUUGCGGCCUUUAAUGUCCUGUUCUGACUCCCAAUUCUAAUCUUCCCCCGCUUUCUAAAUCCAUUAUAUAUAAUAACCCCCCAACCUUCCUCCCCCUUCACUUAUCUGACCACAGCCUUCUUCCUCACCCUUCAAUGGAAGGCAUAUUAGUGAAACGGAAGAGAACCAAGCGGCAAAGGCCUCAGCUUUCUUCGUCGGCAGCAUCACCUGUGUUUUCUCCAACCACCUCCGCAGAGUUUUCUGAAACCACAACUGAGGAAGAAGAAGACCUGGCUAAUUGUCUCAUGCUCCUCUCUCGCGGCGGCCACCAGCCGGAGCCCUACACAACUCCCGCCCUCAAAUUCACGAUCCGGCGAUCCGCAGAGCUGACACCGCCGACCACCACAACAGCCAAGGCUGGAUCUAGCAUCCACGAAUGCGAGACUUGCCAUAAAUGCUUCAAUUCACACCAAGCGCUCGGCGGGCAUCGCUCCAGCCAUAAAAAAUCGAAGCUUUCGAUUCCCCAGGCUUCGGCGAAGAGAAGCAAGAUGGCGGUGAUGAAUGAGGCUUCGAUUCAGCUAAGCAUGAACUCCUUCCCUUCGGCAGCUGUAGCCAAGGUUAAAGUCCACCAAUGUACUCGAUGCGGAGCAGAGUUCAGCUCCGGCCAGGCACUCGGCGGACAUAUGCGGCGGCACCGCCAAGAGAUGGAGAAAGAGGAUGGGAAACAGAACGGACUUGCUCUAGAUCUCAAUCUCCCACCUCCGUCCGAAGAUGAUGGCGAUGCGGAGAAGGUUUCUUCUUCUCAUUCUUCGGCUUCAGUGAGAAAGUCGCCGUCUUUGUCGUUUGCAACCAAAAGACCGAUCUUUAUGAUCUCGUCUUCGCUUGUUGGUUGCCAAUACUGAUGAUCGGAUUCAGAUUCCGAUUAAUUUCUUGUUUUUCGUUUUGUUUUUAUUUUAUCAUUUCAUUUAUUCUUAUUUUUCUUCGAAAAUAAGCAAAUCUCCGUGAAUUUGCAUUCAGCAUUGUCUGCUGACUUCUUAAGAUUAUUAUAGAUUUAUUUUUGCUU